AAGAGAUGCCUGGUACGACGCAGCUUCCGACAAUCGUGCCUACUAGUAAGAAAACUCCGCCUCCGACAGUAGAGACUCCAGCGACUACACCAGAAGUAAGCGCAACGUCUACCGAAGGCACCUCGCCGCCUGCAUCUACCGAGCUUAGCACCGAAUCUAGCGCAACACAGCCACCAUCAACAACAUCAGCUGGAGAAUCUACUACCGCCGAGAGCACUACCGAGCCAGAAACAGAAGCCAGAAAGAAACAGCCCCCAUCUGAAAAGCCAGAGGAAGUGACCACAGGCUCCACAGAACCAGCGACAGGGGCCACAUCGGCAGCGACAACACCGUCAGGGACUGAGCCAACGGAAGGUUCCACGGCUCCUUCUCUCUCAACUCAACCGCCGGAAGCGACAUCCGUGGAAACCGGUGCUACAAGUGAACCGUCUGUCACAACACCUGAAACAACGCCAAGUGGUGAAACGAGUGCCCCUAGUGAGGCCUCGACGCCUGAGUCGACUUCCCCGUCUGAAGCAGCCAGUCCGACAGGAACUGCCACCGAGCCAACUACUCCUGGCGUGACAACGCCUUCUGUCACUACCGAACCAGCGUCAACCCCGGUGCCAUCAGCCGAAACAAGCUCAAGCGUGACAACUGCAGCCAGCAGUACUCCUGCUGAGACACCAGAGACAGGCACUCCAGAGGUAACAACACCAAGUGCAGCAACUAGCCCCGAAGCAACGACGUCAGCUGAAACUGGCUCAACGGGCACUGAAACAGAAGCAAGUACUCCUGAAACCACACCAAUUGGCUCCAGCCCCGAGACUAGCACGCCUAGUGUGACUACUCCAUCGUCUCCUGAGGCUAGCACACCUGAAGCAAGUACUCCUGAAACAAGCACUCCUGAAGCAAGCACUCCUGAAGCAAGCACGCCUGAGGCAAGCACACCUGAGGCAAGCACACCUGAGGCCAGCACACCUGAGGCCAGUACACCUGAGGCCAGUACACCUGAGGCCAGCACGCCUGAGGCUAGCACUCCUGAAGUUAGCACGCCAGGGCCAAGCACACCUGAAGCCAGCACACCUGAAGCUAGCACUCCUGAAGUAACCACUCCUGAAUCUAGCACGCCCGCAGCUAGCACGCCUGAAGCUAGCAGUCCCGAUAUGACUACUCCACAAGCUAGUACGCCUGAGUCAAGUACCCCUGAGGCUAGUACGCCGGAAUCUAGCACUUCUGAAGCCAGCACACCUGGAGCAACUACACCUGGAGCAAGUACACCGGAAUCUAGCACUCCAGAGAUAACGACACCUGCAGUGUCUACUCCCGAGCCUAGUACUGCCGAAGUUAGCACUACUGAAGCUAGCACACCUGCUGCUGAGUCGAGAACACCUGAAGCUAGCACUCCUGAAGCUAGCACUUCUGAAGCCAGUACUCCUGAAGCCACAACUCCUAGCAUAACCACGCCCGCCCCAACCUCUCCUGAGGGCAGUACACCUGAAGCUAGUACUCCAGAAGUCACCACGCCAGCCGUCACUUCAGAAGCAAGUACUCCUGAAGCCAGCACUCCUGCUCCAAGCACUGAAGCUACAUCUUCAGAAGGCACAACACCAGAAGCCACCACACCUAGCGCUACGACUCCAGCGCCAGCCUCGACUGAAGGCACCACACCAGAGGCCAGCACUCCUGGCGCAACUACUCCGGCUGCAACGUCUCCAGAGGGCACUACACCCGAAGCAAGUACUUCUGAGCAGUCGACCCCCGCAUCCACGGAAGGCACUACGCCGGAGGUCACCACACCAAGCGCAACAUCACCGGAAGCAACAACUCCGGAGUCUAGCGUUCCGACUACACCACAGGAGGCCAGUACGCCAGAAACAAGCACAGCAGCUGAAACAUCUUCGGAAGGCUCUACACUGGAAAUGACAACGCCAGGAGCAACCACCGAAGCCGAAACUUCCACAGAAGGCGCUACGCCAGAAGCUACUACUUCCGGAGCUACCACUCCAGGGGUAACGUCUACGGAGGGCACAACACCAGAAGGCAGCACAGCGGUGACGACGUCUCCACCAGGUACCACGCCGGAAGCAACAAGUCCUGGAGAAACUACACCAGUUGCAACCUCUAGCGAGGGCACCACACCGGAAGGUAGUACUCCUGGUGUUACCACUCCAGCUCCGACCAGCCCUGAGGUUACAACUCCAGAGGCUAGCACUCCUACCGGAGCGGCCACCCUGUCUGCAACGUCUCCAGAGGUCACUACACCUGAGGGUAGCACAUCAGGCGCUACCACGUCCGCUGAAACCACUCCCGAAGUAUCGACUCCUGCGGCCACCACUGCAGAGUCGAGCACACCUGCGGAAACUAGCGCAACACCUGAAGCAUCCACACCUUCAGUCACUGCUUCUGAAAGCCCGACAUCUACAGCCGCGGAAUCUGAAUCGACGACAGCCGCAACCGAACAGCCUAGUUCUGUGCCUUCUACUCCUGAGGGGUCUACCCCUGAAGGGGAAACCACUGGUCCACCUAGCACUGAAGCCGCAACAUCCGAGUCACCAGCUGCCACAACUCCCGAGGCUUCAACCAGCGCUGGCACGACUCCUUCCGCUUCGACAAUUGAAGCCUCUACAGAAACAUCUAGUCCCGAAGCGAGCACGCCAACUGGAACCGCGGCUCCCACUACACUAGAGGCUAGAACCUCUGGACUCACAGAAACAACGAGAGAAAGCACAACGCCCGCUACACCUGAAGCCACCACACCGGCUGAAACACCUGUGACCUCGGAGUCUGCUGCCACUGAAUCUCCCGCUACCACAAUGGCUGAACCAAGCUCUUCUGAAGCGACAACACCGGCUUCAAGUGCGGCUACGGAAGCGACGACGCCACCUGUCACAGAAGAGACGAAGGAAUCAACAGCAGCCUCCGCGCCGACCACACCGGCAGAAACGUCAGAGACAGAGAGUGCUAGCACACCAUCUAGCGAAGCAACCGAGGCGACUACACCCGAAACAACGAAGGAGACCUCGGAGGCAUCCACACCUGUUUCUACCGAAGCUGCGACACCAAGAACGACCGAAGAAGCUGCUUCCACUCCCACGGCGACUGUUUCCGAAGCAUCUACUCCGGCAACAACAGAAGGCACCGAAGAGCCCAAGACACCUUCCUCUACAGAAAGCACUGAAGGAACCAGCCCUACUGAGAUGCGAGACGCCACCACUACUGAGGGCGCAACGACACCGUCCGAGGCGGCGACAAAGGCUGAAACCGAGGUCACUACGCCAGGCACUACUGCUUCGACGACAGCGGGUGCCACGGAAGAGACCAAGGAAGCCACCACCGCACCUUCCAGCGAGGCUACCGAGGCAAGUACAUCGCCCGCUUCGUCGGAAGCCACCACGGAAUCCAGCACUCCCGCGUCGACGACAGGUGCGUCCGAGUCAACCACUGAAGCGAAAGAGACGUCAGUCACGGAGGCUUCCACGCCAGCAUCGACAGCGGCGACCAGCGAAGCGACCACCGCAGAAGUGAAAACGGAGUCGACGCCUGCCAUGUCUACUACGUCGAAGCCUAGCGAGGCUACUACGCCAUCGGCGGAGACAACCACAGAAUCCGAGGAGGAAUUCCCGACAGAGUGCGACGUCAACGGCGUUAUCUACAAGGACGGUGACCAGGUUUCGGACGGCAACCCCUGCCACUUCUGCAACUGCCUCGAAGGAGAGGUCAUCUGCGCCGAGAGGAUCUGCAGGCCGCCCGGUCCAGAGUGCAAACCCUUGCCCAAGUCUCCCGAGCAGUGCUGCCCAGAUUACGACUGCGGAGGCGUCACAACCCCAGCAGCAGUGUCCACCGUGGAGGGGCGAAAAAAGCCUCCCGAGGUGACUCCGCCCACAGUCGAAACCACUCCGGCAGUGACGGCGCCAUCUAGGCCAAAGCCGGGAGAGGAAGAAGAGGAAGUGCCGAAACCUUGCAAUGUCCAAGGCACUACAGUCGAGCACGGUCAGGUCAUUCAGACAGCCAACCCGUGCACUUUCUGCAAGUGCACGUUUGGCGAGAUGGUGUGCGCCGAGCGUAUCUGCGAGGAGCCUCCGCGACCUGGCUGCAAACCGACCGGCGUCAAACCAGAACAGUGCUGUGCCGAGGCGUACAUCUGCCCGUCUGAAGAGGAGGAAGGGCGAGAAGAAAUGGUGACGCAGAAACCGUCGGUGUUCAAGUUCACCACAAUCAGCCCGACGACCGACGAUCUCAAGAAAAUAUUCGGUCCCAACGUCACCACGACUCCCGUGCCACCCACGACGGUGCCGCCAUUUAUCAUCGAAGUCAUGACUGAGCCUCCUGCAUCGCAGCCGCCCGUCCACGAUCUCUCAACGGGCGAGCCGGAAGCGACGACAACGGCAAAGGAACCGGAAGAGACGGGAGCGACAGAAGCAACAGCAACAACCGGCGAAGAGAGGACGACAUCGGCCACAACGGCUGCGCCUGAAUCCACUAGUCAACCAUCCGAAGCCACUAGUCCCACUACAGAGGCUCCAGAAGCCGCGAACGCUACCACAACCACUGCCACGUUGACUACAAAGCCGCUCGUCCACUACGCGACCACUACGGAGGCAUCGACGGCGGAAACGUCUGCGGAACCGGAAGUGCCUCGUGAGGAAGAGGUGACGCCUGCCGCCACGACGGUGGAACCAGUCGAAGGCAAGAAGGGCACACCUCCAGCGACGACUGAGUCGCCAUCAAUCUUCACAACCGUCAUGGAGUUUUUCACCGGAAGCGCGUCGACGACGGAGGCACCGGAAGUGAACGCAACGACGCCUUCUGAGCCACCCAGCGUCACGACUGCGAAACCAGAGGUUGAGACGGAGAAGCCGGCGGAAACGGCUGCGACCGCGGGUGCUGCAGUGACAGAGCCAACAAAGCCAGCACCGGAGAGCACGGCGACUCCGGAAGUGACGACUCCGGAAGUGACAACGCCGGGAGCGACGACUACAGGAGAACCAGAACUACCUCGGGAAGAAGUUACUACUCCCACGCCGGUCACGGAAGAAUCGGAGUCGACAACAACGGAAGGGGCUAUCAUAAUUGAGGAAGGAUCUUGCAUCUUUGACGCCAAGGUGUACCAAUCGGCGGAGCAGAUUCCACGGCCGGAUCCGUGCGACUUCUGCUUCUGUUUCCGCGGAGACAUCAUCUGCCUGCAGCAGACUUGCCCACCGCCAAUCCCGCAGUGUUUCGAGACGCCCAUAAGUGGCUUCUGCUGUCCGCGAUACGAAUGCCCUGUCCACAUGACAGUCAAGAACGUGAGCGUUGCAACGACCACGACGACAACAACGACAACAACGCCAGCUCCGAGGUUUGGACAGCAGAUGCUCGAGGCAUCAAUGGAAGUCAAAGGCUGCGACGUGAACGGCAGCUUCUACCAGGUGGGCCAGGUGGUGAAGAAGGCUAGCGGGCCGUGCUUGGAAUGCAUCUGCGACGCCAGCGGCAUGAUAAAGUGCAACCCCAAGGAGUGCCAGCCGCAGGCGCCGCUCUUGCUCAGGAUGAACCGGUCCUACUUCAGGACGCGGUAGGCGGCGCCACGUCCGCCCUAGCUUCCCCCUCCCGCCGCCAGGGAGAGAGACGCCUUCCUAGUUCCACCCUUUUCGUCUAUUAUUAUUAUUAAUAUUAUUAUUAUUAUCGUCAUGGCCCUCAGCUCUCUUCCCACGCCGGUAGGCCGGUGACCAGAAAUAAUGCGGUGCUUCCAGAGUUCUUUGGCGACAGCGAACGCUGUAUGGUGGCGAAGCAGUGUCAAAACGAGUUACGCAGUGCGUUUGUAACGGCAGCCUGCAGCACGAUUGAGCUCAUUGCAAUAUGAAACGUUGAUGGUAUGUUAUCACUGAUGUCACAGGCCUCUUGCGUGACCAAUUAACAGGCACGCACUGUUCAUAUAAGAACACGGUGACUCGUUGAGAUAGCGCUAUUCGUAAAAAGACCCUGAGACAUCUCAAACGAAGAGGUGGCAAAUCAGUGGCAGCCGGUCUUAAGCCAGCGCAGUACACUAAGCCUCCGUAAACCGCAGGUCAAGUGCUCAGGCCCGUGUUCGAACCUCAACGCGCGAAGUAGUCAAUGUACGACACGUGUUAGGAACGAAACAGCGUAUUGGCGCGCGCCGAUGAACGGAUGACCGCGCAGCCGGAGAUACAGACGUACCUGGCUACAACGCGAAUUUCGUUAGCACUAGCAACACGGGCUACAAUGCCAGAGACAUACACGGGGUCGGCUUUCAGCGCGGAAGGCCUAUUUUUCAGGGCAACAAACCUAGAAGCUAUUGCGGGCCAACUUCUCUGUGACCCUAAAACUCAGUGGUACCACGCACGUUAAAGAACUCUGGAGACACGCGCGAUUCUCUGGUCGCUCAGGGCUAUCGACACAGUAGUACGAGGCCAAAAGGAAGUAUGACUGGCUCGGCCAUGAGCCUCUCGACGACUGCGAGUGAAAGUGAACCCGGCAGCCGGGCAGCCGCCGCCGUCGUUUCAUCACGCGCGCAUCUGGGGCGUCAUUGCGGAAGGAAGAAACAAAGCGAGGAGGAAGAAUUGUGUGGGUAGCAGACUCCCCCCUCCUUUCGUCCUUCCAUCCCCCCCCCCCCCCCACACACACACUCACUCCGCGAGAGUGCUCCAAAGCAGCCGUGUCGUGUACGCACUGACUCACUUGUGAAACUGGCGGUGCGCGUUCUUGCUGUUUGCGCCGGUGGCUCACUGUCUCACUCUUCGCGACCCCCCGUGCCGACAACCCAGCCGCCGCCUUAGCAGCCGGCUGGCCCGCCGAGACUGUGUAAAAGCGUCGGUGUCGUGUGUGUGAGCGAGCGCGCAUGUGACGUCGGGAGGGCGAGAUGUCGACGACGGCGAUGAGGAGGAGGCGACGAGACGACGGCAACGACCGGAGAGAGAUGCGUGGACAUUAUUUUUUUUUUUUUGAACGCGCAAGGUUGUGUUGUUAGUGUGCGUGCGUACCUGCGUGUGUGUAUGUAUACCAGUGUAUGUGCCUGCGCGCGGUUUCUCCCGCGCUUCUUUUUUUUUUUAUUUCUUGCUUCUUGCCUGUCUCGUCAUUUCUGCUCUACAUUCCUUGCUUAACAGCUCUGUCGCACGUUCUCGACGCGGCAUAAAAAAAUGCUUGCCUUAAGAUUGCACGAGGCGAGAAAGAGCUCGACACGGGUUUUGAGCGCGACGGUCUCGCGUUCUUAUUCGCUGGGUAGUUUGGUCGUUUUUCAUUCGUUUUAUUUUUUCUGUCCUUUCUUGAUGCUCACGUCUUUAUGGUGUCUACGAUGCGUGUCGGUCACAGUGGCAGCGUCUAACUUGUGUUACGAGGUGAAAGCGUUUUACCGGGACUGAACUGUGUGCGCAAGCGUGUCCGUCGCGUCCGGCCCUCUAGAUGUGGCAGCUAAAGAGGUCUUCGGUUUCCUCUCUACACUAGCGUAGCAAAAAGACCCUGGACGGCUAUUAUAACCUCACACUCGCCCGUUUUUAUACAUUGUGUGCGUCGAAGCUCAAAGGUUAUAUAGCGUUGUGUGGUCGGUGUGUACAAGAAAUCGCGCUUCGUACGUCAUUAAUGAGGAGAGCUGCCUUGCUUUCUUUCUCCUUUUCUUUUGUGCACUCGUAAGGCGCAUACGAAGUGCGAUUCAGGAGCGAAAGUGUUAUUCAUACAUUCCAUGACAUCGUCUGUCAUUCCAUGAGUUUACUAUGCAAACCUAGACAUGACAGCCCGCGAAACGGCGCACAGUGAUAUUAUGCCAGUAGGCGCCCGCAUUUAUGAUAGGCAUUUCAUUCUAGAGAAAACACGUUGUCACGUUCGCGCCUUCCGACCAAGCAGGAUGUGAUCCCCUCUGGCGCCAACUAAGUAUGAAAAGGUGGCGGAAUCAUGCAUAAUCCAAACUUACACUUCGGCAAUAGGUGGUUUAGGUAACGUUUCACACAUUAAGAAGCCUCAAUGGAAUACCGUUGUAUGUACAGGGGACCAUGUAAGAAAGCGGAGAAAGCGAUAAUUCAUAACUGCCAAGAGUAAAGAAAAAACAGAAAAAAAAAGUAAAUGAGAAAAACGGUAGAACUGAACCCACACAUUCCUGAUGGCAUUUGUAAACAGAAACCUCACCGCUAAAGUGGGGAGUUCUGAGGACCAACGAUCAUUCCAUUUAUUUUUUCUAUGACUCACCAAACGGAAGUGUUUGUGCGGCGCUAAGUUUCAAGCAUCCGUUGUGUGUGAACUGGCGUCGAGCUUGUACUUAUAUUUGUCAAUGUCUUUCUUGCCCAAGCUUUUACUUCCCUAUAGAGGAUUAUACGAAGCUCCGUCUGAGUCUGGUCUAUAUUUUUACAUGUUUCCUCUUCGAUACUGCUAUGCAACAUUCCCGCAGUUAAUGCCAAUGAAGGCAUCUGCUUAAGUUCUGUGAUACCAGGCGAAAAGGUAACAUUUUCAACGUAUGCUCUUCACCGGUUCCUGAAAUGACGAGAGAAGACUACAAAUGCGAUCCGCUACAGUAAAAAAACUGAAGUAAACAGCCUAUGCCUUUGCGAUUUUUGAUGACGAGCUGAUUGUCAUGUGACUAUUACGUUCCUCUGUCGUAGAGACAUCGUUCGGCACUCUCUUGGACAGCACCCCUCAACAAAGCAAGCAAACACCCCAACGUUUAUGUCAAAGUAAAAUAACGACGUUCUUGCCAGAGAUCCCGUGCCACAUAUCAAGGCGUGUAGCGAGUUUCAGUUCGCGCUCUUACGACGCGCUCUUACAUAGCCAAGGAGCGAGUGAGAGCAGCCAGCCAGAGCUCUCACGACGCCAUGACACAACCGUGAUAUUUUUCAUCCACUUCUCGAGGCGCUUGCACGUGGAGCCACUUCCGCCUUUCUAGACGGUGCCAAAAUAAAUACCCGCCAUGACAGCAUUAUUUUUGCUAGCCUCGGUCUUUGUUUACACCGGACAAAGUGUGGCGUUGACGCGAGUAAGAUGAUGCAACGGGGAUGGUCUGAGAAAGAGGAAGCGAGAGGCAGUUUUUUUUUGCGACAAGCAACUGUUCUCGCCUUAUUUUUGUACCCACCAAGCUCGCUGCGACCCACCGCCUCUGGUAGCCAAGAAAACCCACCUGCGGUCACACCUAAUUCUGCCAACAUGCACCUUCAGUGCCUCAUCUAAACGCACAUUCAGCUGUUAUCGCACUGUCUCACAGUCAUAGAGGUGUCGGAACCUCGUCUACACGAACAUUUAACACGAAUUUGCUAUACUGCGUCAAUUUGCCAACGUCAUAUCCACCAAGUACUGGCACCAAACCAAACAGUUCUGAUCUUGACCCUUUCAGCUUUGUAAACUUGGGCAUGCCGCACGAAAGACUGCACGGUUAUGAGCAGCACAAACGUCAGACGAACCAAGCAUCGCUUCGGGGGAAACCAAGUGCCUCUCUCAAAGUGUCUCUCCAGCUUCGUGUUGCCGCUUUAUGUGGUGAUUCAGGGAACGCGUUAACUGAUAUUCGCUCUCUACGUGAGAUUAGUAACGUUAGUAACAUAUCGUAACGGGGCACUAAGAAAAUGCCGAAAGCCUAUGACAUUUGCCUUUUUGAUCACUGCUUGAUGCGACCCACUCUGUCGGCUCCAUGGUUGCAUUUGGUUGCAAGCAACUAACUCUCUCGGUAUAGGGAUUAAACGACAAGCCGUGCAAGUCUUUACGCGCCUCAUCGCAUGUUACGCUGUCAAUUCCUUCGUUGCAGCUUCUUUUUUUUUUUGUAACAUUUUCUAGGCUCUCUUUGUUUCCUCCAGCACAGGGUGGUCAACUGGAAACAUCGUCCGGCUAACUUCCGUGUCUUCGCUGCAUCCUGUUUCGUCUCAGCCUCGGUGUAGCCAUUAGAUUCAGAAACGUCGCUCGUUAUGCCAUUAAUCGGAGUACUAUAUCAUUGCAUUCUGUAGCCAUAGCAGUGAUCAUUAUGCCUCGAAUUCCGUCUCUUCCUCUUACCUAUGGAUGCGUGAUAGUAAGCGGGCCUUUGAAGCAGCGUGCUGUUUCCUCACACUUGCUAUAGCCUUCACGUGCCCUGAUGCGGUGAUGUUUGAUAAGCCGCCAGAGUGUAUUACUCAUUCUUAAGAAAGAAGACGGUUCUUGAGUAUGCUGUGCAUAUUCAGGCGCGAAACGAGUGCCUCCUUCGUACGCAUCGCUUUUUUUUCCUUUUUUUGCCGGCCGUUACGUGAAGCCAGCUUUCAUAUUCCGUGCAGGCACGCGCUUGAUGUGUUUGUUGCUAUUUUUUUUUUAUUUCGGCGGCGUGUAAGGUGGAAGCACCUGGACGCACAAAAAGACACUGUAUCAUAAUGUGUGCAAGCAUAACUCCUGUCACUUAUUUCAAAGUGCAUUCAUUUAUUCCUGUUCUUUCGUGGUGGGCUUUUUUUUUUUCUCUGUUGUCGCGCCGUUCUCGAUCGCGGGACCGAUGUCUCGAGAACGGCUUCUGAUGUUUUUAUUUUUUUACUUAUGCGAAGGAGGCAGACAAUUAUUUUUGGUGGAGUUGUGUGUAUCUGUGGUUUUAAAAUAGCUGUCUGUGUUGCCCUAUUUGCCUCCUUCUACUUUCCUUGCUCUACUACGUGAUGUCUUCAUUUUUUAAGUCGUGUUUUGUUGCAAUUCAUUUUUUCUUUACAAGUGAGUGUAUGUACAUACCUUCAAGGGCUCUGCUCCUGCUAAGGGCCACGAAUCGGGGUUUUGUAGAACCCGAGGCGUGUCGUCUAUGCUGAAGCUCAACGCACCCCGCAGUGCCGGCACCGUCCAAGACGAACUGUGCUCAUUCCCAAGUCUUUUCGUCAUGUUGACUGUAUUUAAGUUCCGAAAUAUAGCAUGCUAGCACAUGCAAGCUCGAUGGCAACGUGUUAUCGCUCGACUUUCGGAUUUAAGCAGCCCACCGCUUUAGAUAUUCUGAAGCAGUGUAGAGCCGUGUAAAGAUUUUUUAUCGGGUAAUAACAAACGUGAACUGUGUCCGAUUUGGUUGGUUUUUACCUUUAGUAAACGAAGAUGUCUCCAGUUGCCUACUUAAGCACAACUUGAUUUCUUUGUUUAUUAGUUCCUCUGAAAUUCGGCGAGUUUCUUUCGAAAAUUAUUGCAGAAAGUCGUGCUUUCUUCAACUAACUUUCUCAUCUGUACUUAAGCCUAAUAGGCCUCCCUCUGUUCAGGUGUAUUGGCCUGCAGAUCAGAGCGCGUAAUAUUUGUCGAAAACCUUCCAUGUCUACAGUAUAAAAGCGUAAAGAGGCGCCUUAUUUUUCGUGUCACUGUGUCAGCGUGCCUUGGACUGCGAGGUUGUGCUCAGCAGUUUAGGGGUUCAGGCUGUUGAAGGUAUGAUCGGUAUUAUUGCUGCCAUGUUCAGGUGUUUUUUUUUUGCUAUACAUGAAUUGUGAUUGUGUGUUUGUGUUUACUUCCAUUAAAGAAAAAUUCUUACCAAGAA